ACUCACUACCCACUACCCGCUAUCCGCUGAAUUUUAACCGCUGUACCAAACAGGCCAUAAAUCUUUUAAUCCUCAAUUUUUUAUUGAUUUUAAUUUGAUUUCUAAAAUUUUCUGGAGUCAAUUUUCAAGGUGAGAAAAAUACAAUAGAGUUCAAAAAAAGAAUUAGCAGCGGAGGUAUGAGGGUCAGAGCGAGAGGAGCGGCGGCCAGCAGCAGCAGACAGCAGCAAGGGAACAGGCAGUGGAUUCCGGGAUUAGAUCACAGGCUUUUAACACAGACUAAGACUUUUUUCUUUUACAAUUUUCCAGAAAAUUGUGAGGAGAAAGAGUUAUGGUACAGCUUUCAGAGAUAUGGAAAAGUGAUAGAUGUGUAUGUGCCAAAGAAGCGUGACAAGUGGGGGAAGAGAUUUGGAUUUCUGCGCAUAGUGAAGAUAGCAGAGGAACGAAGUAACGCAAGUGUAAAAGAUAAAGUUAUGGGAGACAGAAAUCAGCAUAGAGAUGAUAGGCUAGUACAGCCAGGACAGUCAUAUGCACAGGUGGUGAAAGGAAAGAAUCAGAGCUUCCAACGCUUGCAGGAUCGUACAGGAACGAUGAAAGGGGAAGACAGGGGCAUCACCCAAAUGGAAAAGAAACCAAUUCAAGCGAGGCAACUAAACAGGAAGGAGGAAGUGGCAUCCUGUGUCAUACUAGAUGGCAAAAAAGGUAUGGCGGAGAAUAGAAUUGUGGAACCUCAAAAAGAAAUAAUGGAAUUCACACCGGAGCAGGAAGAGAACCAGUGGCUUGAAGGGGGUUUAGUGGUGGUUGUGAAAUCACUAACUGUAGUAAAAGAUGUGCAACAGAGAAUUGAUGUGGAUGGUGGAUUGAUCACAAUCUCACCAUUAAGGGGAAGAAGGGUGUUACUAACAGAACAUGAACCGAGAUCUCUACUUGAAUUUAUGAACCAUAAUAAGGAAUUAUUCACCUUGUGGUUUGAAGAUAUACAACCAUGGGAUAAGCAAGUACAGGAUCGAAGCAGAAUGGCAUGGCUACGCAUUACUGGUAUCCCGUUGAAGGCCUGGAGCGAUAGAUGUUUCAAGAUGAUCGGAGAAUCAGUGGGAGAGGUGGUGAAGAUUCAUGAUGACACAUCAUCGAAAUUAAUUUUAUGUGAUGGGAGAAUUCUAGUCAUAUGUCAUGCAGAGCAUAAGAUCUCGAAACAGAUUGCAAUGAAAGUUGAAGAAAAAUGGUAUGAGAUACAGGUUGUUGAGGAAGAAUGGCGCUCCAACCCAGAUUGGUGGCUGUCGGACGGUGACCGGCGGAGUGUGUCAGAAACGGAUUCGGAGUAUCUUUCGGAGCAGAGUGAUGAGGAAGAUCAGGAUUGGAUCAAUCUCGAUAUAUGUGGCGAAGAAGACGUUAGCAUUGAUGAAGAGCAGCUAAUGAAGGAAAGCCUCUGUAAGGUAAAUUCAAAUUUUAAAAAUACAGAGGAAGAAAUGGAAAGUAUGCGUACAGAAAUGAAAAAAGGUGUCAGAAGAGAUGUGGUUAGUGGGCCAUCCAAGGAUAAUGGGCCAUCUAAGGACAGUGGGCCGGUGGGGGAAAAAGAAGUUGGGUUGGGAAAUAAUAGUGACAUGGGAUGGGUUGAUAGUCAAGGAGGGAUGACAAGAAUUGGAAAGAACGGGCUUGAAGUGGCUUGCGAGGAGGGUUCUUCUAUGAAUUGCGAUCUGGAAUUGAAAGAAUUAGGGGGUAGACGGCGAAGACAGGUAGAGGACUGCUAUCCAGAAAAGGUCACGGAGAUUCGGACAACAAAGACACAGGGGGCAUAUUCGAGAACAAAGCAACAUCAGAGAGGGAAAGCAGAUUUCACUCUGGGUGCAGCGAGCCAGGUAAAUAUGCUUGGUAGCUGUUCUAUUUCUGAUGGUUGUAUAGCAAAUAGAAACAACAUAGUUCGGAGAGAGUUGACCUUGCAUGAGGUGAGGAGGAUGAUGAGUGUAGGAAAGAGAUUGGGCAUUCAAAUCCAAGAUAAUGAAGGGGAGAGGAAGGAAAUAGGAAAAUUGGUGAGAAUGGAACACCCGGAUUUUCUAUUCUUACAAGAAACUAAGUUAGAAAAGGUGGAUGACAACUUGUGUAGAAUGAUGUGGGAUUCGAGAGAUUUUGGUUGGGAAAUGAAGGAAUCGAUAGGAGCUUCAGGAGGCUUAUUGUGUUUUUGGAAUAAGGUGAAUUUCACUAAGACAGGAGAUUCCACGGGUGAUGGGUAUUUGAGAAUAACUGGGGAGUGGGGAAUACAUAAGGUGAAGUAUAAUAUGGUGAAUGUUUAUGGUCCAAAUGAUAGACAGAAACGGUUAAAGUUAUGGGAUGAGUUAAGGAUCUUGAUUACAGAAGAGGGAGGACGAUGGUUGAUUGCGGGAGAUUUCAAUGCUGUUAGAUGCCUUAAGGAAAGAAGGGGAAGAACAGGGGAGAGCCCAGAUAUGAAGGAUUUUGAUGGGUUUAUUCCAUCAGCAGGAUUAAUAGAUAUUAAAAUGGCUAAUAGGCGUUUCACAUGGUACAGACCAGAUGGCACAGCCAUGAGCAGACUGGAUAGAGUUUUGAUGAAUGCAGAGAUGUACAGUGUGGGGGCAGAAUGGGUGCAACAAGGCUUGAAACGAAAUAUUUCUGAUCACUGUGCAAUCGUGUUGAAAACAAGAACAGUGGAUUGGGGACCAAGGCCAUUUCGAGUUUUGGAUGCUUGGCAACUUCAUCCGAAUUUUAAGAAGGUUAUUGAGGAGAAGUGGAGCGCAAUGGAGGUCGAUGGAUUUGCAGGACAAGAAAGAUUUCAGAAUAUGUGGGAUAUAUUGAGGAAAAGAGAAGUGAUAUGGAAACAGAAGUCAAGAAGCAAUUGGGUACACGAGGGAGAUGCUAACACGCGAUUCUUCCAUAGAAUAGCAAAUGGUAGAAAAGCCCAAAAUCAUAUCACAGGUUUAUGGUGUGAUGGUUGUUGGGUGGAAGAACCAAUACAAGUUAAGAAGGAGGUGGUUAAUUAUUUUAGCAAGCUUUUUCAAGGAGACACGUGGAAUAGACCAAAGCCUUAUGGGGUUAACUUCAAGAAGAUUUCUACAGAGGACAAACAGUGGCUUGAACGACCAUUCUCCAUCGAGGAAAUUGAAGAAGGAUUACAAAGUUGUGAAGGCUCUAAAGGUCCGGGCCCAGACAGGUAUAAUUUUUCUUUUCUCAAGUUUGCAUGGAAUAGUUUAAAGGAGGAUUUUAUGAGCUUUUUCAAAGAGUUUCAUCGGAAUGGUAGAUUGGUUAGUGGUUUGAACUCAUCUUUCCUAACUUUAAUUCCUAAAAAGCCUAAUGCUGGGAAUUUAAAGGAUUAUAGACCCAUUAGCUUGAUCGGGUGUAUGUAUAAGUUGUUAUCAAAAGUGUUGGCUAAUAGACUUAAAGCUGUAUUGCCGGGGAUAAUCAGUGAAACUCAAUCAGCUUUCUUGGGAGGACGUCAUUUAGUUGAUGGCGUAUUGGUGUUGAAUGAGGUGGUGGAGGAAGUUAAGAGAAAGAAACAGCCGGCAUUUAUCUUUAAGGCUAAUUUUGCAAGGCAUAUGAUUGUGUGGAUUGGACAUUCUUGGAAUGGAUGACGGACAGAUUGGGAUUUGGAAUCAAGUGGAGAGGUUGGAUCAUGGAGUGCUUGUCGACUACUAGAAUGUCAGUUCUAAUUAAUGGCAGCCCAACGGAGGAGUUCAAUGCUGGAAAAGGACUACGACAAGGUGACCCGCUGUCUCCUUUUCUAUUCUUGAUGAUUGGAGAGGGAUUAAAUGGUUUGGUCCAAAAAGCAGUAUCGGAGGGUUUGUUGAGAGGUAUAGAGAUUGGCAGGAGGGGAUUAGGGGCUUGCAUCUUUCUUGUUGUCUCAUGGUAUAUAUGGUAUUGGAGAAAUGGUAAGGUGUUUAAUAAGGAAGAAAACAUUAGGGGAAGAAUAGUAGAUAUGGUUCAAGCCAAGUCAUUCUUUUGGAUCAAAAACAAGAUACAAGGCUGUGUUUUUUCUUUUCAUGAGUGAAAAGUAAAUCCAGUUGAGUGUG